UCAGACACUCAGAUCUCGCUCCUUACUGAGCUUUACUAAACGGAUAUUUAACCACCACCCGACCAAGACACUACCCCUACCAGCUCCAACCUGCUGCUAUGUGUAAAGGACUAGCAUCGCUGCCCACCUGCUGCCUGGAAAGGUACAUGAAGCUUCAUGCAAACAUUCACAUGGGAUUAGGAUUACAGGAUAUGGAAGACAGCUCUGCUGUUUUAUCUGUGUGCAUCUGCAUGGCCAAGGAGCUGAAAGCAAGGCUGGGAAGCAUUCUGCAAAAACCCAACUGGAAUCUAUCCAGCUGCAAAAUGGGGCACAAUAAGCCAACCAUGGAGGAAUGCCUUAGGUGGAAACAGUCCUUUGAAAAACUCUUGUCCAGCAAAUAUGGACUGUGUGCCUUCACUGCCUUCCUGGUAUCCGAGUUCAGCGAAGAGAACAUCGCGUUCUACUUUGCCUGUGAGGAUUACAGGAGUACCAAAUCUCCUGCCAAAUUAUCAGCCAAAGCCCAGAAGAUCUAUGAUGAAUUCAUCGGCAGCGACGCUCCCCGGGAGAUUAACAUUGACCACGAAACUCGUGAUAUCACCAAAGCCAACAUGCUGGAGCUGUCAUCUUCUUGCUUCGACCUGGCCCAGCACAAGAUCUACAUGCUCAUGGCCAAAGACUGCUACCCUCGGUUCCUCCGCUCUCCAGCCUACAGGGACCUAGUGUGCCAAGCCAAACCAAGCGCCAAGGCCACCAAGCCGCCCCGGCAGGAGAAGAAGGCGUGAAUAUCUCUCCGUGAGCUGAUGGAGAAUUGUUAGUGUUAGCGGUCGCCUUAAGGGUUGAGAAGGCAAGACAGGCAUAGCGUUAGGUGCUGCAUCAUGAAGCUGGACGCAGUUGCAGACACAGAGAUCGUGACGAUCUAGAAAGCGGCAGUGGAUGAGCGCAUUCUGUUGGCUCUGUCCAUUCGAAGAUAUGGACAGAUUGAAGGGAAAUGGAAAAUGGAGGAGAAGUUGAUGCCUUAAGUGGAUUGUGUGAAUACAGAUGAUGUUUGGACAGCAAAGUCAAGGGAAAGUGUAUCACACUGAGACAAUCAAAAAAGAAGGGCAGGAGAAGUGGGAAAAACACUUUUCUUUACAAUUAGGCAAAUUUUUGUGAUUGUGAUAUAUAAUGUCCCUCUGUCAGAUUCUUACACUGUUUGUGAACAGGCAUGUAGGAUACUUUAUGAUUUUGUAUUUAUUUGUAUUUAUUUGACUGUAAUAUAUUUGUUGCAUUUUUACCAAACAAAGAUGAAAAAUGUGCAAUUUAAUUUAUAAGAUAAUAUUUAUAUCACUGUUUUCUUUUUUUACUUACCAGCAAAUAAACUAAAUUAUUUGAAAAACUAGUAAAA